AUGCUCUCGGAGCGAGGGCUGCUUUCACUGGCGGCUGCUGUGUCAGGUUUGGCGGAAGCUGUGAAAUCUGAUAGUGUUAUUGUGGCAGCCCUUGGUGGAGAGGUAAAUUUCUAUUGCAACUUCUCACUCUCGAUGGAUGUUUUGCAAGUCACCUGGCAGAAGAGAAAUGGGUCUUCCUUCCAGAACAUAGCCACCUACAGCCCAAACCACGGGCUGCGGCUGAUAGAGCCAUUUCAGAAGAAGGCGCGUUUCACUAGAGCAACCUUGACAGCCUCAGCCAUCGCACUCCAAAAUCUCACACUCGAGGAUGAGUCCUAUUACAGAUGCAUUUUCAACGUAUUUCCUCAUGGCUCUUUCAGCAAAGAUAUAUGCCUCAACAUCCAAAGUGUUCAGAAGAGCACAGUCAUCUUAGCAGUCAUAUUAGCUGUGGUGUUCAUGGUGUUCUUAACAGUCUUGAUACGUUGCAUUGUGAGAUUAAUCAAUGGAAAAAGUAAAAAACUGAAGAGAUGUAGUGCACCCAGAACACCUGCCGAGGAGAAAGGCUUACAUCAAGGCCUAAGUGAGAACGCCGUGAGCCUGCACACGCCAAAGGACCAGCACGUUGCUUAUCAAAACGAGGUGCAAACACCAGGCACCUCACUUCACAAAAGGCUACCAGGUCUGAAGAUAAACCUGAGAGAGAAAAGAUCCUGCAAGCGCUUGUUCUCAGAGGAAGCAGAAAACCCAAACAGAAAAGUCCACAGCAUGUUUGAGAGGGAACCUGUUGGAUUAUGUGUCAAGGAGCUUGGCUGCAGAGCCUUGAAGGAGGACAUAGAAGCAAUGGCAGGACUCCCUAGCUGGUGUGCACGUGUGUAUGGGGGCCUGGUGCCAGCAGGUGGGCCAGGACCAUGGGCCAGUGGGCACCUGUGCCCGGGUGCCAGCGACUGGGGAGACCCGAGUGAGAGAAAUCAAGUGCCAGCCACCAGCAUGGACCAGGGUCAGAGCCUGUGCAUCCCUGGUGCAGCACCUGGCGUGAGCACCAGCAAGGAUCAAGCCAGACAAGCAGGUGAGGACGUGCCAUGUCUCAGGACGCUCUUUGACAUUUUGCAAGUAAUCAGGUGGGAGGAUCUGUGCUGCGGAUGCAGCAAGACACACGGAACUCUACCAAGGUCGUUAUUUCGAAAAAAGUUGUUUUACGGGCUCGAGCUGCAGAGCUUCCCGUCGAGCUCUCUGUAUCGUUACCCAAG